GUGACUCUGUUUCUUCUUCCAUCUGUAAACUGGAGAUGAUGAUGUAUAACAGCGUGUGACACAUUAGUACUAUGUGAUAGUUUGCUACUGAUACAGUAUUAUCUUUAUUCUUUUUUUCCUGAUUGAGAUCCCAAACCCCGCUUUCUAGGUGCAGGAGAGGGGAGACCCAGAAGUGUAAUUCCUUCUAGUGACCCGCCUAAAGAGGGUCAAAGGACAGGAAGGAGAUUUAGAUGGUUUAAAAUCUCACAGCGGAGGGGAUUAAUGGAGGGGGCGGGCAGGUGUACAGGCUGGAGCCUUCCUGAUCCCAGGGCUGAAGGAUGGCUGCCCUGGCCCGCCAGCUGCAGCGUCUUCUCUGGACCGCUUGCAAGAAAAAGGAGAGGGAGAAGGAGGGGGAAGAGGAAGAGGAGGAUGAGGAGGAGGGGCGCGGGGCCCUCGAUGGGCCUCGGUCUCUGUUGACAGCGCCGCGCCGCGCCCAGCGGCCGCACGGGGGUGCCGAGGCGUCUUGGGGCCUGCGCUUCGGGGCGAGCGCGGCGCAAGGCUGGCGCGCGCGCAUGGAGGAUGCUCACUGCACUUGGCUUUCGUUACCUGGUCUGCCCCCGGGCUGGGCCUUGUUUGCCGUCCUCGACGGCCACGGUGGGGCUCGAGCUGCCCGCUUCGGUGCACGCCAUUUGCCAGACCAUGUGCUCGAGGAGCUGGGCCCGGAGCCUAGCGAGCCCGAGGGCGUGCGCGAGGCGCUGCGCCGAGCCUUCUUGAGCGCCGACAAGCGCCUGCGCUCCCUCUGGCCCCGCGUGGAAACAGGCGGCUCAACGGCCGUGGCGUUGCUGGUCUCCCCGCGGUUUCUGUACCUGGCGCACUGCGGUGACUCCCGCGCGGUGCUGAGCCGCGCUGGCGCCGUGGCCUUCAGCACAGAGGACCACCGGCCCCUUCGACCCCGGGAACGCGAGCGCAUCCACGCCGCUGGCGGCACCAUCCGCCGCCGCCGCGUCGAGGGCUCUCUGGCCGUGUCGCGAGCGUUGGGCGACUUUGCCUACAAAGAUGCUCCAGGGAGGCCCCCCGAGCUACAGCUCGUUUCUGCGGAGCCUGAGGUGGCCGCACUGGCACGCCAGGCUGAGGACGAGUUCAUGCUCCUGGCCUCUGAUGGCGUCUGGGACACUAUGUCUGGUGCUGCCCUGGCGGGACUGGUGGCUUCGCGCCUCCGCUUGGGUCUGGCCCCAGGGCUUCUCUGCGCGCAGCUGUUGGACACGUGCCUGUGCAAGGGCAGCCUGGACAACAUGACCUGCAUCCUGGUCUGCUUCCCCGGGGCCCCUAGGCCUUCUGAGGAGGUGAUCAGGAGGGAGCUUGCACUGGACGCAGCCCUGGGCCGCAGAAUCGCUGAACUGUGUGCCUCUGCUCAGGAGCCGCCCAGCCUGAACACAGUUUUCAGGACUCUGGCCUCAGAGGACAUCCCAGAUUUACCUCCUGGGGGAGGGCUGGACUGCAAGGCCACUGUCAUUGCUGAAGCUUAUUCUCAGAUCUGCCAGGUCUCAGAAGAGUGCAGAGAGAAGGGGCAGAAUGGCGCUGGGAAGUCCACCCCCACGCAUUUGGGCUCAGCCUUGGACAUGGAGACCUGACAGCUGUUGUCCUUUGGGGAUCCUUUGCUCCACUGGGGCCUCAACAGAACUAAAGAAGAAAACCGACCCUUUCCCCAACUACAUGUACCAAUGGAAGGAAGGAAGGCCAAUGUAGGAACCCAAAAUGCUUAUUUUUUCUCUUACUUCCCUCUCACAGAAACGUCUUACGAGAGGGGAAAUUCCACCAAUAUCCAGACCAAAAAGAAAAAAGCCCAAAACGAAAAAAAAAAAAAAACCCAAAAAAACCCCCAACCAAAUGUCUUUGAAAUAUUCAGAGCUGAACAGAUUCUGAGAGAUCACCCGGUUCGAUAACCUCUUUCCUUCUUAUUAUUCAUCUGUUUUUGAGGGGAAGUAGAGUUUUGAUUAUUAAACUUUAUUUACGUAAGUGAUUCCAAAUACAUUUUCUUGUAAAAAAA